AUGAGAUAUAGCUUUGUAUUCUGCCAUGGUUGGGGAUUUGAUCAUCAAUUUUUUGCACCUCUCAUAAAUGAAUACUUUUUACAUACUUCCUGCUACUGCUUAGAUCUUGGUUAUUUUGGAGAGGAAAUGUUAGAUUUGCCAAGUCAAGACGAUUUGAGUCAAAGUGAUAAUACAUUUAUUGGUAUUGGACAUUCUCUCGGGCUAAUUAAGCUAGCUUCAUUGAAUAUAGAGUUUAAAGCACUUAUUGGAAUGCAGGCUUUUACCAAUUUCCUAGGGUUUGAUUCACGAUUACACAAAAAAAGAAAACUCGAACUCAGUGCGAUGAUAAAGCACUUUCGUAUGAAUCCAAUAGAUACAUUAACGUCCUUCCAUAAGCGUUGCGGUAUAAAUCAUAACUUUUCUAGUCAUUUUAACAAAGCAAAGUUAAUGCAGGAUUUACAGUCGCUUACUGCAAUGCAUCAAUUACCGAAUGUACCACUGUUGAUAUUAGGUGCAGUGAAUGAUAGUACCGUGCCUUUAGAACUUAUCUAUGAUAAUUUUGGUAGAAAUAAAGUAAAAAUUGUUGUACACAGUAAAGGUCAUCAUUGUUUAGGGUUAUAUGAGCGUGAUUUUGUAUAUGAACAAAUUGCGAAUUUUUUGAAUGGAAUUACACAAGAAAUCCAUACAGGGUAAUUUUAGCAGAGCAAGCUCAUCUUACGAUAAUGUUGCUUUAGUUCAAAGAGAGUGUGCUACAAAAUUGGUCAAUUACUUGAAAAAAUAUUUUCCUAAAUUUUAUCCACGUUCUAUUUUAGAUUUGGGGACAGGUAUUGGGUACGUUCCAGAAAGCUUGUUUAGCUAUUUUCCUAAAAGUAAAUUUGUUUUAAGUGAUAUAUCACCUAGCAUGCUCAUACAAGCAAGAAAAAGACUAGAUCUUGCAGUGCAGGCAAAGGAGUUGCUGGGUGACAUGGAAAAACAGGACUUUGGUUUUCAUGAUCUCGUUAUUUCGAAUCUGGCACUGCAAUGGACAAGUGAUUUAAAUAAAACAAUAAAAAAGUCUUAUGAAAAUUCAGGUGUUUUUGCCUUUUCAUGCUUGCUUGAUGGUACAUUUAAUGAGUGGUCUAGAAUUUUCAUGGAAUCUUCAUUACCUGUACCGACUUAUCAGUACCCGUCUAAGCAGGAGUUAGAUAAUUAUUUGCUUUCCUUCAAUGCCAAUGAAUAUUUUUCUGAUUUAAAAGAAUUUACGUUAGAAUUUUCAAGCGCAAGCAGCUUUAUGAGAUAUUUAAGAGACUUGGGAGCAAAUUAUAGCACACAGAAAAUUUCUCCAAUUGACCUAAAGAAAAUUAUAAAAACCUAUACACAUAAGAUUUAUAUCACAUAUAAAGUAUUUUUUGGAAUUCUCAGUAGACCUUGUAACACCCAUUAG